UAUCUUAGCUUCGACCUUUUAUUCCUAUUUUCACUAAGUUUUGUCAGGCCGAGGUCACUUCUCUGUCGCACCGAACUGAACAUUUUAACGAUCUCGUUUAUACGAGAGCGUCAGUUUGUCAUCGAUCUUUCAUCAUGAAGGGACGCUGGAAUUGUAGCAAAGAGGAACUUGUCUCGGCAGAAGAAGGUUUAAAGAUUAAUAAAUCUGUGACAAGGAGAAAAAGCUACUGCUAUGAAAGAUUUAUACAGUAUGUAAAAUUGAUCCUUCUUAUUUUACUGAUCUCUUUCGUUGGAUGGAGCAGUUACACUAUUUGGAAAGUGUAUAGCCAGGAAUCAAUCGAUUUAUCCGGUCUCGGCUCGAGUUCUACUCAAUAUAACGACGAUGAAUCUUCGACAAUUUCUAACAGAAUAUUGUCGUUAUCAUUGAGUAAAUCUGAGAAAACGUUGGAAACUACGACGAGACAAAGUAUUCUUUUAAACGACGAUCUAUUUCCAAGUGAAAUUUAUUCUAUCGAUAAUCAGAUGAUCACAACUAUGAAGAUUCCUGAAUCGAGUAUAAAACAAGAUAUUUCAAUAACGAGUUUCGAAAAUACUGUUACGGAAGAGACGAUAAAGAAUUCGUUUAAAUCGUCGAUAAACGACCACGAAGAAGAAAUAACAAUGCCGACUUUGAAUAAGAAUGAGACUAAGGAAUAUGAAAAUUCGGCGGACGAGUCAGUGAUCGAAUGGAGCUUCCCAUUUAUCAGGUCUAUUUAUGGUGACACUGAUUCAAUUACGGAUGAUUACUUGGAAGAAAUUCGUAACGCUGAAUUAGAUGCACUGUUAAAAGAACUUGAUGAGAGCAACGAGAAAGAUGAGGAAAGUAAUGAAUUUUCGAAAUUUCAAGAAAAUUCUUUCGAAAAGGAAGAUCUAUCUGAUGAUCAGAAUGAUGAGAAUAAUCGUAGCUACGAAAAGGACGUUCCAUCGUCCAUCGAAAUUAUUAAUAAUUUGAAGAAGCUUCACGAUUCCAUAGAUGCCAUGAUAAAGGAUUUACAUGUAGAGAAUCGUCAAAGUGAUUAUGAUUUAUUGAAAUCUGAAGAAAGUUCGAUAAAGGAUGAAUCAUCUAAUCAUUUGGUAUUAGGAUUAGAUAGACAGUUAGAUAGCAUCGAGACACCAUCUUCCAUCUCAGGAGAAGAUUCAGAAAUAACAAAAUCGAGUUUGUUUCACGAUAGCUUGAUUGAAGAAGAUCCGUAUAGGUUUCUCUUGGGAAAUCACGAUCACAGUUACCUCGAGUCGUCGAUCCUUUCUUCUUUAGAACGCGUAGACUCUGAGAAGUCUGAUACGUCGAAGGUGGACGAUACUACGAGCGAUUUAAAGAAGGGGUACUUGGAAAAUAUGGAUAAGGAUUUGUGGCUCUAUCGUCAAGAUAAUAAAAGAGAGGACAGUGAUAUUGAAACAAAUCCGACGGAUAAAUCUACGGAAAGGCAUUUACUUAUGGACGUAUCUACUCCAGCUAUUGUAGUAAACGAUGAUGACAUAAUACGAAUUGUGGAACCUUGGAUAUUUUACGUCAAUUCUCCAGUAUUUUCAUCAAUGAACAAUGUAAACUUGAAAAAAGAGAUUGUCUUUACUAACUCAAGAAAUGAAGAUCCUAAUAAAGGUGUCAUUUGUACUAUACAAACAUUAAAUAGGAUAAAUUUACUAAAGUGUUCAUCAAAUUCAUUCGAUACUUCCGAAUCUUUUACGGAACAACCCAACGAUGGUUCUUUCGAAUCUUCUUCAUAUUUUAUUCCAGAUUCUGAGAAGGAUACUUCAGAAUCUUUUACGGAACAAUCCAACGAUGGUUCUUUCGAAUCUUCUUCACAUUUUAUUCCAGAUUCUAAGAGUGAUAUAUUUACGGAAGAGGACAAUGAAUCUUUUUCAAAUCAUUAUUCCUCUUCCGUUGAAAGUCAUACAACAGACAAUUCUUUGGAUGAUAUGACAUCAUCUAACAAAAAUAUUGAUAUCAAAGCUAGUACGAUUGAACAGGAAUCGAAAGAAAUCUCGAUAGAUUCAACAAAUUCGGAAUCUGAAAUGUCGGAUAUCUCUUCAGAACGAUGGAUGAAAUUCGAGUCACCUACAGAUACGUACGAUCAAGAUAAUACAUCUAAAAUUAUAGAAGAUCCAAUACUUUGGUGGUUAGAUGUGAAUAAAUAUCGCACGAAGCGAUCGACUGGUGAGGAAACGAUAGAAAGAAAAAGACGUGGCAUCGCGAAGAUAAUGUCGGGACAAAAAACUUUCUCGGACGAUGAAGAUUUAUAUGGGAAAUGGAUAAACGACAAAACUCGCUUACAAGAUUGGAUAUGGAUGCAUGAAACUGAGAUUAUAAAAAAUAUGAUUCGAGAAUACUCAAACGAAGAAUUGGACGAGAACAUCGCGAAAUUGUAUUCAAAAAUGGAGAUUCUCUCUUCUCAUAUCGACAUGUUGCACGAGCUUUAUCUUCGACGACAUAAUUUGGAGGACGAUUAUAUAUCGCAGGAAUUUCUAAACGAUUCUUACGAAAAUUAAAGACAAUAUCUCGGUUAUAUAAAUAUUUCAAUAUCAAUUUAUAUUUAUAUUGAAAUUCGCUGAGAGAGUAAAACAUAAGAUAAAUAAUAAAGGAU